GCAAAAGAUCCACCACCAAACCUUUCUCACUUCGAGUCUUCGAGGGCCAUGAGCUAGGACGAGGCCAUGCAGCAGCCAUGCCAGUGAACCCAUCUUCCGGUUUGGGCAGACGCAAAGGCCAAAGGAAACAACCAGAAGUACGUUGGCAGUAUGUUUCAUUGGUGUUGAGUUUGGCUGUGGUCUCAUUGGUCACUUUCCUCCUCAUCACGUCGGGAGACUGCAACAAUUGCAGCAGUGCUGUCCCAAAGAACAACAUUGAUGCUGACAAAGAACCACCCGCACGAAAAGACACCGUGGUCAAUGAGUUUCCUGGUGGUUUUGGACAUACGCUAUUGCUAACAUUUGAAGAAGAAUUGGGUGUCAUCAAAAUCCGUCUCAGGGCGGAGCUGUCACCCGAAAGCAUCGAUUACCUUUAUCAAAUCAUUCUCAGUGGCAAAUGCCCACGUUGCAGUAUUUAUCGAGCUCAAGACAAGGGUGAUAUUCUGCAAGGGAUCAUCAAAAAUCCCGAUAUUCCCAAGGAACAAGUGGUCAGUAUUCCAAAGGGACCCUGCCCGGAGGAAAUGCUAGACCAUCCAGAUCCAGAUCUACCGGAAUGCCACGGUCCGAUCUUGACGCAUGGCAUGAUUGCCUGGGUAGGAGGUUCCACAGGUCCUGACUUCUUUAUCAAUUGGUACGAAGAACCACAGCAUCGUUGGGGCGCUCGGCACACUGUAUGGGGUGAGAUUGUACUGGAUGACGAGGAAACUGUGGUUGUGGUUGAGAAACUACGACGAUUACCAGUUCAUAAAAAGAAGGGGACAUCAUUGACUGACUUGGAUAAGUCGGUCAAGUUUACCAUGUCGUUGCAAUAGUGUAAGAGCAAGCUUCUCUGCGGACUUCUUUGCAUGGCUGCUGGAAAUGCAGUCGCGGUUGUCUGGUUUGCAGUGAUGAUUGGAAUUCUGACUUCCUCCCUCAGAUUCGAUUCAUUGACUCUUUCUUGGCUACUUUAGCUUCAAGCGUACAUUUGAGACCUGUGCUCGUGCCCGUGACGAUGAAGUAAGUGGGUUGGGAAGGAGCACGAAGCAAGACUACUUUUUGCUCAAUUUUGUGGCGCUAAAGCCUUGGUUGUUGGUAGCCACCGAUAGCAUUCUGGGAACCCGUGUCUGGCCCAGUUGUACCAAACAGAAGCUACAAUCAUUUUGAAUGUUCCAAGAGACGAGCAGUAACUUUUCUCGGGACCAGGAAGGUUGGCGCCACUUGCCUGUACUGUGGGAUAAUAUGGGACGUAAAGAAGACACAAAGCUUCAGUGCGAAGAGUAUCACACCACUACCGGUACCGUACUCCUUGAGCAGCUAGCUAGCAAAACGUUUUAUUUAUGACAUUUUUCGACGUGAAUGUUGGCCUUUGUGCUCCAAAAUUCUAUAGUGCAGCCAUAUUGGUGCCGUCCCAUGAAGCUGUCAACAAUAGCACCAACCAAAUACAUGUAGAGACAUCAUUUCUACGGAUAGAAUCCCAACAUCGUCUUCCCAACAAUAGAAUUCCGUCUCCUUUUCUAGAAAUUUUCACACAGUAACCUCCAUUUCUUUAUUUGUUCAUUGUCGUCUCCCUCCAGUGUUCGGUUCGGUUGAAAGGAACCACCUGCUUCUCCUCCAUUUUCUCCUUCCUCCAUGUUCAUUUUUCUUUGUUGUUUUUGUUGCAUAUCAAUGAGUUUUUCUAACGAAACCACGGUUGCGCCACUAGAUAAUCAUCUAAUUUUUGUUCAAAAUUGGUGGCAUUGAUAUUUCCUUCGGUAGGUCGAUACAAGGGCGACCGAAUGACACACUGCACCCACAAUUCCUUGUAAAUGUGUUCGAGACUCUUGCAAAUCGUAUCUCCUUCCGACGGCGGCGCCAUGGGAUUGGGUGUCAUGUAGACGGCCACUCGCAUUCCCGAAUUGGUUUCGUAAUUGUGAAUGGUACUGGCACCCGUCUGAACGGUAUGCAACGCCGUCUCUUCCGAUGGGCUGAGUGAAGCAAUGACUUCGCGCAAGGAAAAGAGCAUUCCAAAGACGAGUUUGCGUUGUUCUUCCAAUUGGGCUUCGUCCGAAAUCGACUCGGCAUCGGCUUUGCCGUAGCGUUUGGCAAACAUGGUCUUGCCCUUGCGAUCAAAUACUAAAAAGGAAUGGACUCCCAUGGUGUUCUUUGUUUAUUGUAUUGAUGGUGAUGGAUUGAUUGACGAUGGUUGAUGGUGGUGUGGUUGUUGUUGUGUUGUUGUUGGAGAAGAAGUGGAGCUUCGGAAGAUUGCUGCUGUUCGACCGUUAUUGAUCCAAAGGGAAGAUCUU